AUGAAUUCAAAUAAUUCAGAUUUAAAUACAAUACCUAUUUAUAAAUUAUAUUUUGAUGAUAUUGAAGAAAUAUUUUUUAAUACAGUAUCAUUUAAAUAUCUAUUUAUUUCAACAAUAAUAAUAUGUUUCUUUAUAUUAGCUAGUAUUAUUAUAUUAUUAUAUAGAUCAAAAACAAUAUUUCUUGCAUGUCUUAUACCAUUUAUAUAUUCUUUAUUAUUUUAUGAUUUUAUUCAAUUAUUAUCAAUUAUUUUACUUAAGUAUAAUUUAAUAAAUUUAAAUGAAAAUUAUUUUGGUGAAAUAUGUCGUUGGCCUUAUUAUUUAAAAGCAUCAUCCGAAGCAGGACAAUGUAUAACAUUAAUAUUUAUAUAUGCAAUACGAUGUCAAAAAGUUCGACAUUUUUUAAAACAUAAUUAUUUACCAAAUACUGGUAAUAUUCAUUCACGUGCAUUAACAUUUGUUUGUUUAUUAUUUGUUAUUUAUGUUAAUAAUUGGAUAACACAUUUAAAAAUAGAAAAAAUUCAUUUAGUUACAUUAAAUGAAUCAAAUCAUGAAAUAAAUAUUGAAGAAUAUCCAAUAACAUUUUAUGGAAAAAAUCAUAUUAAAUUAAAUGAUUAUCAACAAUUUUAUACUGAUUUAAAUAAAUAUGCACAAAAUUAUGAAAAAAUUCAAAUAGGACAAAAUAAUCCCGGAGAAAUAAUACAUAAUGAAAAAGAUGAUACAAUGCAUGUUUUUAUUAAAAUUCCAUAUGAUAAUAUAUUUGGUCAACAUAAUUCAAUUAUAUUUAAUCGUACAAAACGUAAAAAAAAAAAUUUUCGUCGUCAUAUUAAAAAUAAAACAUUUUAUGGUAAUAAUUCAUAUCGUAUACAUCGUUGUACAUUUGGACAACGAAAUUUUUUUUUAGCAAAUUUUUUAUCAUUAAUACAUUCAAUAUUUUAUUUAAUAUUAAUUAUUUAUUAUUUAACAACAAUAUAUCGUUAUAAAAUUCCAUAUAUUAAAACAGAUUAUUAUCAAAAAUUACUUAAUGAAAUACAUAAUAAUGGACGAAAAAAAACAAUUGAACGUUAUAAACAAAUAAUAUUAUUAACACAUUUAAGACAAUUUCAAUAUUUAAUUGUUUAUUGUUAUACAAUAAUAACAUUAAUACGUCUUAUUUAUAUAUGUUCAUUUACAUUAAUAUUAUGUUUAAUACAAUCACCAUUUAAAUGGUUAACAAUAAAAAUAUUUUAUUAUAUACUUUUUAUUAUUGUAUAUUAUUCAAUACCAUUACGUAUGAUAUUAUUAUUUAUUUAUUUAUUUUUAAGUUUAUUUUCAUCACAUAUUAAUUCAAUAUUUUAUUAUAUAUUUCAUACAAAAUUACAUUUUUCAUGUCAAUUACGUAAACCAACUGUACGUUUUCAUUUACAUAUUGUACAAUAUCAUCAAGAAAAUAUACAAAAUAAAAAAAAUUCAAAAGAUUCAUUAGUUCUUGAUUUAACAUCAUCUGUUAUUGAUGAACAAUCACCAAUGUAUUUAAAUGAAACAAUUGGUAUUUAUGAAGAAAAUAGUAUUAGUCAACCUCGAGUAAGAACAAGUAGUUUUGGAAUUAUACAUGAAUCUGAACUUAGUAACCUGUGA